AAACCAAAUCAAAAUUUAGGAUAUGCCAGCUUUCUGCUGCUUGUGCUAUCUUCUGGGGUGGACUGUGUGGGUCCCUGUAGCCUCCCCCGCCAUGUUCUUGGGCGUCUGGGUGAGGAGGCUAUGGAACUUGGGGAGAAGGGAGGGCGGUUAUACAGGAGUGCAGUGGCAGUCUGUGGUCUAACUGCCUUUCCCGCAUUAGAUCCACCAUCCAGUGGAGCAUGUCAGUUUGCUCGCCCAUGAGCUUGACCAUAGCAUCCUGCCUGCUCUCAUUGCACGUGUCCCUCCUCUCUUCGUAUUCAUGUAAUGCUUUACGUGACUCCACAAUUGUUUGCCUCUACGCAUUCAACUGGGCCUUAUCAGUACAGGAGGACUGCAUGAGCUCCGCAAACAUGUCAUCCCAAGUUCGUUUUUCCCGCCUUCUAAUCUGAACCAGCCUCUGGGAUGGAGUAGAUAGGGGCUGCGUUGAAACAUUUGCACCUGCUGCGGGAGGAGAAAAAGGGAGGGUAGUAUUUUAAAAGAUACAUUUUAGAGAACAAAGGGGACACACUUUCUCAGUGAAACCGGCAAUUCAUAGUGCAUGUUCUUUCUGUACAAGGUCUCAUUUUGCCUCUUAUACUGAAGUGCCUGCCACUUUGGUGUGAGUAAGCCAUCACAUGCCGCUAGGCAACAGAAUUCAGCUUGCAGGCAGCCAUGGUAAGCCCUGGGGCACGCGGGGUUCUGCUUCUUCCGCAUUCAUUUCAAUGCUUUCAAACUGCCGGACCCCCUUUCCUAUAGCAAGCAAUGUAUGGUGGAUUUGCCAUAUAAAAGGAGGGUCUGGGGGCUCUCUGGGAUGAUCGCUUCAUACACAGCCACCCACCGCGGGGCUCCGAUGAGGCUCUGAGCAGGGAUGAGCCCUUCAAACUAAACGCGAACAGCCCAGCGUGGCUGGGUUUCCCCCCAUUCCAUGGUUCCGAUCAAGCUCUCACUCACCGGAAGUGCCUUCUCCAGGGUCAUGGUCCGGGAGCAUGCUUUGGGAGUGGGGGGAGGCUAUUGGCUUCAGCGUUAAGAAUACAGAUUCCCCACUUGCUGCCUGUGCACUGUCCUGCUCCUCUUUGUCCUCUAAAAACUCAUCUUCCUCGCUCUGUGCUACUCUUCCCUUGUAGGUGGCCAUGGACAGUGGUGGGGUAGUGGUGGCGUCACCCACCCAUAAUUGCAUGCAGCUCACGGUAGAAGUGGCAUGUAUGGGGCUGUGAUCCAGAGUGCCUGUUUGCCUCCCUGGCUUUUUGCUGUGGAUCAGUUGAAUGUCUAGUUCUGCUGUUAAAAAAGGGAGCAAAUCCUAACUACCAGGAUAUUUCGGGAUGUACACCCCUUCAUUUGGCAGCUAGAAAUGGGCAGAAGAAAUGUAUGAGCAAGCUCUUAGAAUAUAGUGCAGAUGUCAAUAUUUGCAAUAAUGAAGGUCUGACUGCAAUUCACUGGCUUGCUGUCAAUGGGCGAACAGAACUACUUCAUGAUCUUGUACAGCAUGUCAAUAACGUAGAUGUUGAAGAUGCAAUGGGACAGACAGCGCUACACGUGGCUUGCCAGAACGGUCACAAGACAACAGUGCAGUGUUUAUUAGACAGUGGUGCAGAUAUUAACAGGCCAAACGUGUCAGGAGCAACUCCACUCUAUUUUGCUUGCAGCCAUGGUCAAAGAGACACCGCACAAAUCCUUUUGAUGAGAGGAGCCAAAUACUUACCAGACAAAAAUGGAGUUACACCACUGGAUCUCUGUGUACAGGGUGGGUAUGGAGAGACUUGUGAAGUUUUAAUACAGCAUCAUCCUAGACUCUUCCAGGCAAUUAUUCAAAUGACACAGAAUGAAGAGCUACGGGAAAACAUGUUACGGCAAGUUCUAGAACACUUAUCCCAGCAGAGUGAAAGCCAGUACCUUAAGAUCCUAACAAGCCUUGCUGAAGUUGCUACAACAAAUGGUCACAAACUACUUAGCUUGUCAAGUAACUAUGAAGCUCAAAUGAAGAGUCUCUUAAGGAUCGUGAGGAUAUUUUGUCAUGUCUUUCGCAUAGGCCCAUCCUCUCCCAAUAAUGGAAAUGACAUGGGCUACAAUGGAAAUAAAACUCCAAGAAGUCAGGUGUUCAAGGUCAGAAAAGUAUAUGACGUUGUUAGGAAGAUAGACGUUAAAGAGAUGAAUUUCACAAAGCAUGCAUUCAUUAAUCAGACAUCUCAUGAACAGGAACCGCUGGAAUUACUCUGGCACUCAUUAGAUGAAUGGCUAGUUCUAAUAGCUACAGAAUUGAUGAAAAACAAGAGAGACUCUGCUAACAUUACAUCCAUUUUACUAAAGCAGAAAGGGCCAAAUCAGCAGGAUGAUACUCUUAAGCCUGCCUUUGAUGCUGCAGGAACUGAGAGCAGAGAAAAGCUAUCUACUGACACAGGGGAUUCUAAAGCAUAUGAUGUUGCAAGGAAGCAAGAAGCUUGUGCGGAUUGCCAGGAUGUUAUCUCAGUGACAGCAAACAGGCUGAGUGCUGUCAUUCAAGCGUUUUAUAUGUGCUGCUCCUGUCAGAUGCCUCAAGGGAUGACAUCACCUCGUUUUAUAGAAUUUGUCUGCAAACAUGACAAUGUUCUUAAGUGCUUCGUUAACCGAAACCCCAAAAUAAUUUUUGACCACUUUCAUUUUCUCCUUGAGUGCCCUGAACUGAUGUCAAGAUUCAUGCACAUCAUAAAAGCACAGCCCUUUAAAGAUCGUUGUGAGUGGUUCUAUGAACAUUUGCACUCUGGACAGCCAGAUUCAGACAUGGUGCACAGACCAGUCAAUGAAAAUGACAUCCUGUUGGUUCACAGAGAUUCUAUUUUUAGGAGUAGCUGUGAAGUUGUGUUUAAAGCAAAUUGUGCAAAGCUAAAGCAGGGGAUUGCGGUGCGAUUCCAUGGCGAAGAAGGCAUGGGUCAAGGUGUGGUACGUGAAUGGUUUGAUAUCUUAUCCAAUGAGAUAGUUAAUCCAGAUUAUGCACUGUUCACCCAGUCAGCUGAUGGAACAACCUUCCAGCCAAACAGCAACUCUUCUGUAAAUCCUGAUCACUUGAACUACUUUCGAUUUGCUGGACAGAUCUUGGGUUUAGCUCUGAAUCACAGGCAGCUGGUCAACAUUUACUUCACAAGGUCAUUCUACAAGCAUAUUCUUGGUAUUCCUGUAAAUUAUCAGGAUGUGGCAUCUAUUGAUCCAGAGUAUGCAAAGAACUUGCAGUGGAUUUUAGAUAAUGAUAUCGGUGAUCUUGGGCUGGAACUGACCUUCUCUGUCGAGACUGAUGUGUUUGGAGCAAUGGAAGAAGUGCCUUUGAAACCAGGGGGUGCAAGUAUUCUUGUUACACAAGACAACAAAGCUGAGUAUGUCCAACUUGUUACUGAACUUCGAAUGACAAGAGCCAUUCAACCUCAGAUAAAUGCUUUUUUGCAAGGAUUUCAUAUGUUCAUACCACCUUCUCUUAUACAGCUUUUUGAUGAAUAUGAACUGGAGCUGUUGCUGUCUGGUAUGCCAGAAAUUGAUGUGAGUGAUUGGAUAAAAAAUACAGACUACACAAGUGGCUAUGAAAGAGAAGACCCUGUUGUUCAGUGGUUCUGGGAUGUUGUAGAAGAACUAACUCAGGAAGAACGAGUGUUACUAUUACAAUUUGUUACUGGCAGUUCCAGGGUUCCUCAUGGUGGCUUUGCCCAUAUAAUGGGUGGCAGUGGAUUGCAGAAUUUCACAAUUGCAGCUGUGCCAUACACUCCAAAUUUGCUACCAACAUCAAGUACAUGUAUCAACAUGCUCAAGUUACCUGAAUACCCAAGCAAAGAAACCCUUAAGAACAGGCUUCUUGUGGCAUUACACUGUGGAAGCUAUGGUUACACAAUGGCAUAAUGAAGUCUGGAAAACUCAUCUGACUACUGAUGCACAAUUCAGAGUGGCAGAAGUAAUUUUGGAAACUGUCAACACAAAAGCAGCCUAGAUGCUGUGACCCAGAGACAGGGCUGACUUUUUUUUUUAAAUUCAUAAAGGAUCUGUUUGCUGUCCAUUAUGUUCUCUAAGUAAGUCUGUGAUACUGUUACAUGACUUAAAUUUCAUAGUACACUGUAUCUUUGUUUUUUAAUGUUAGAUUAGUAUUGAAAGCAGUAUACUUUCAUUAGCAUUAAAAUAACACGAAGAAGAGAAGGUUUGUCACAAUGUUUCCCUCCAAUUUUAUUUCUGAUUCUCAACUGUGUGAGUGAAUGAGUUUUAUAGUUUCCCUCCUACUCACAUAAUAUGCUGUUAACGCACACACUUGUAUUGUGUGUCUUGUUGCAUGUAAAAGUGCCAUUUAUUUUUGCAGAGAACACUGUAUAGAAAGUUUGAUUUAGAUAGUGUACAAAAUGACAGAUCUAAUGUAUUUUCCCAGUUAUUGAAUUGUACCUAUAUUAAAAGGUUUUUAACAUUUUAGUAUUUUAAUGUAUAUAAUGUAAAAAUUUAGACCAUUGUCACUGAAAAAGUAAACGGCGGAUGGAAUUAAGAUCUAAUUUAUAUUCUAUAUGAACAUGUACACUAUAUUAUACUAAAUAUUAAAGUAUUUGUGACUUCGUUGUCAAUUUGCCGUUUAGAACUUAUAUAUAUUGUUUUAGAUGUAUAUCUGUUCUUUAUUCGAAGAAUACCUUUUCUCGUGCCUUGCGAUAGUCCUCUGUGGAAAAGGUAUAAUUAAAUUUUAAUAUUUUAGCAGAAUCUG